ACCCCCAGAAACGUCCCAGGGGCGUAAAGCCACGCCAGAUCCCCUCCAGAUCCCCCAGCCCCACCGCAGCUCUCGGACACACUGGAGCCGGGCGGGGACCAAGAGCAAAGAUGGCGGUGAAGAAAUUUCGGGUGUUCUGAGCAUGCGCGGGGUGAAUGCGCCAGGAGAUGGGCGGGGCUUAGAGGGGAACGGGGCGGGGCGAACACAAGGGCUCGCUGCAGCCAUGGCCGCCCUGGCCCAGGAGCUGCUCCCCUGCCGGGCUGAGCUGCUGCAGGGGGGGCUGAGGGGGCCCAACCGGGGCCGGGUGCUGCGGCACCUGCUGAGGGGCAGAGCCCUGCUGGUGCCGAGGGGUCUGGGGGCGCUCAUGGAGAUGGGGAGGGGUCCCGGUUUGGGGAGGGGUCUCGGGCCGAGGGAACGCCGGAUUUGGGGCGGGGGUCGCGAUUUGGGGAGGAGUCUCAUUGGGGAGGAGUCUCAGGCCAAGGAGAUGCCUGAUUUGCGGCGGGGGUCUCGUUUUGGGGAAGGGUCCCAGUCCGAGGAGGGGUCCCCAUUUGGGGCGGGGUCCCAUCCCGAUGCCCACCCCGAUUCGGGGCCGGGGUCCCAAUUUGAGGAGGGGUCCCAUCCCGAGUCUCUCCGGGAUUUGAGUCAGGGGUCCCCGUCGGGGUCGGGGGUGCCGGAAUUGGGUCGGGGGUCCCAUGCCGAGCCUGUCCCCGAUGUGGGUCGGGGGUCGCGAUUUGGGGCGGGGUCUCCGCUGGUGCUGGCGCUGCAGGGGAAGAGCCCCCGGCCGCAGCUCUGGGCGCUCCCCGAGCUGGGGGCGAGCAACGCGCAGCUGAGCGAGCUGAGCCCGCGGCGGUGGGGAGGGGGCUUCGUGCUGCCCCCCGGGGGGGUCAGAGCGGGGCUGGGGGGGCGCGCGGUGCUGCUGCACCCCGUAGAGACCCCUCCCCAAUAAACACCGUGGAGACCCCUCCCCAAUAGAGACCCCUCCCCAAUAAACACCGUGGAUUUGGGGGAGUUUUGGGGUUUUUUAGGGUAUCUGGGGGAGGUUUUGGGGAGGGUUUUGGAAUGGCCGUGCUGCUGUACCCCAUGGAGACCAUUCCCCAAUAAACGCAGCUGGAUUUUGGGGGUUAUCGUGGUUUUUGAGG